UGGCAUCCCUGCUGAUCAAACGUCAAAAUUUUUCGCACGCCAUUGUGUGCGGAAGUCACCCAUUUUUUUAAAUCACAAAAAUCACAGUUUUUCAACAACAAAAAUCAAAGUAUAACCGUCAAAAUAGAUUUGUUAAACAAUAAUGGGUCUACCAGGUUGUGGAAUACCGGAGGCUGACCUCCCGCAGUGCUGGUCUGACGACGUCCGUAUGAACGCUUUAUUCGCUCCGUUUCGUAUUAAAGCUGCGAACCCUGAAUCUUGGGAUAUGAAGAUGAAAUUCUGGUCGGAUAUGCUGCGGCAGUGGUGCAGGAGUAGGAAGGACCCUAUAGUGUCGGCUGCGGAUGCUAAGACAGCAUUUAAUCGAAAAGGGCGAACCCCAGCAUGCUUGGACAUAGUCGUCGAAGAAUUGUAUCGCAACGGCGACCUCUGCCCGCUAUCAAAAUACCAGCAGAUUCUCCACAACGGCCCCGAGGGCUGGGUGAAGUGGGGUGCCCGGCUGGCGUUCAGGCCGGCAGCCUUCGCGCUGACAGCGGUGGCGUCGCUCAUGCCGGCGCGACAGACUGUGGACAACGACGGCCUGCCCAGAGCCAGCAUCGAGGCUACGCAGCGGUUUGUGCUGGAGAGCGCUGUUAAAGAGCAAGCAACAGAAUUCCUUCAAAAAUAUCCCCCCGGAGUAGAACGCAUGGGUACCAUCGAAGAGCUGAUGAGGAACACAGACUGGGCACACGGCAGGGAGACGUUUGAGCUGAUACUCGGGUACCUGGUCGCUCAGGGAGCCGCUGUUAAGAAGGGGGAUGUCGUUAAAUUGGCGGAACCCGACAAGAAAGUAUCCCCAGUGACAGAAACAGACGAGGCUCUGGUCAAGCUGAUGUGCGCAGAGACGCGGCUGGAGGGCGAAGCCCUGCGUCUCGCGCGGGACGCGGCGGCCGCGCACGCUGACGCUAAGGCCGCGCUUACUGUCGGGAAUAAGUUGGCUGCCAAGAACCACCUCCGCCGCAAACACAAGACAGCACAACGUCUAGAGCGCUGUAACGCGGCGCUAGAGAACGUGCAACAGUUGCUGCAGCAGAUGCGAGACGUGCACGUUAACGCCGCCAUUGUGCAUACUUACAGAUCCAGUUCAGAUGCAAUGAAGAAAAAUUUGAAAGAAAAUGGUAUGGAGGAAGACGCUGUCCAUGAUACCAUGGAUGAUUUGAAAGAGGUAAUGGAGCAAUAUGGUGAAGUAGAAAAAGCACUGGGCACCAAUAUAGAAGACUUUGAUGCAGCGGAGCUGGAGGAGGAGUUGCAAGAACUUCUGGCCGGCCCCGGGGGAACUGGUGGUACUCCUGGCAAAGAGGAGAGGAAAGAAGCCGCCAAGCUACCCGUGACCCCGUCUCCAGCCCCCGGACGUAAGAUAUCAGAGCGCGAGUUCGUGUUCGACGGCGAGGCUCGCAUGCUGGCCGAACUAGAACUGCUGGAUGAUGACGACAGGCAGGCUGAUGAUGCACCAGCACAAAAAUCAAAACCAGUAGCGAUCGCGGAAGCAGUCCCAACUCCAGCCGUUACAAAGCCGAAACCUUCUCAGCCCUGGUACCCGGCUGCGGGAGAAGGUGUCCGCGGUAACGCGUGGUCAGCCAACAACAAUGUGGAUAUCGCGAGCUUCGGUGAACUGAGGCAGGACGAUAGGCUGCAUCCCGGCCAACAACUGAACGUGGACUUCACCCGUCCCCCCAGACUCUACAACAGCGAUUUCCAAGUUCAGGACCACAAGCUGGACGGCGGCGUCUGGUUGUACACCAAGGAUAGCAACAGCAAUGUGGAUAGCACUGACUACUUCAGUACCGAAAGUCCAGGAAAGUCGACGACAGCCACCGGCUUCCAAAUGGCGCCCGGUGGUGAAAGACGUAAGUCUACGACUGAACCUGCUUCUAAAGACUCCGUUGAUGACCUGCAGAGGAGGCUGGACAACCUUAGAGGUUUUAACUUAUAAUAUUAGAUUUCCUUUUUUUAAUGUAAGGUCAUUUUGUUAAAGUUCUUUGUCAAAAAUGUACUCUAGUGGGUUAUCCGUCAGUUGCACAAAGCUCCAUUAAAGUUAAAGCUGCUUUAAAUCUAUUGCUGACACUUUUUAUCUUGUUGACAAAGAAAGAGUCAGCAAUAGAUUUAAUGAAGCUUUAACUUUAAUGAAGCUUUGUGCAACUGGCGGUCUGACAAAAACAAUCCUAUGUACUUUUUCCCGGGUUUAAGCUACCUCCACUCUUUUUAGCUUAAAUGGUUCAGCCAUUUUUGAGUUAUAAGUAGUGUUACUAACACGACUUUCUUUUAUAUACAUAGAAGAUAUAAGCAAACUCAGGCAUACAUACAAAUUGCAAAUAUACUAAAAAUUUUGACGGUUCAACAAAAGUAUUGAAUUUGACAAGUUUUUUUGACAAAGAAUUUUAAUAACAAUUUAUUUGUAAGGUCAUUAUGAAAUAAAAUAACCAACGUUUUAGAUAUAAUCAUGAAUCUGUGUAUUGUACAGUUAGUAUAAAAAAUAGACAGUUAAAUGCACGUAGACUCGCGUUUAUAUCGGGUGUGUCGUACCUAAUCACAUUAAAUUAAAUACGUUAAUAUACUGGUUAAUAUAUGUCGAUUAGCACGAAGAAAAAAAUAAAAUAUGCAAAAAAAAAUCUAACAAAAUAUAUAAAGAUGUGCGAAAAUAAGAACACCACAUAAAAGUCAGUCAUUACAAACAACUGAAAUUCUCCCUUGAAAACUGACAGCUGU